GUAUUUUAAUUUGCACGAUAGCCAGAAGUGCUUUAUCUUAGGAUGACUAUUAUCUUUGUUUGUUAUCGAUUAAUUUUGAGUGUUUAUAUUACAAAGACCAUUUAACUUUUAAUAAUAAAGGUGGCAAUAGUUCAAAAUGUUUAAGUUAAUUGUACUUUAUUUGAUCUUUUGUGCGACCCGAUUGUGCCUGAGUGAAGACCCCCCCAAAAAUGGAGUCGUAGAAGAAACCAUCAUUGAAAAAUUCGAAACGUUCAGAUCAAAGUUGCCUGAAACGUACUUAUUGGAAGAUAUUGAGUUAAAUAUACCAGAAAACUAUUACAUCAAUGGCCAACUCAAAAUUAAUAAGUUGGAACUGAGUGGUGUUAAACACUUCAACAUUUCGAAAAUAUCAUACAAUUGGCUGACAAGACAUUUGGAUUUUAAUUUGGACUUUAGUAGUGUUAAAUUAUUUUUGAAUUACCACACAAAUGUGACAAUUGGAACAACAACUGAUGUGUAUGCAAAUAACGUCACCUUAACAAAUGAUAUUUUUGGAUUGAAAUUUAAAACCAAUUCGGCCGUUUUCCCUUCCAUCAUUAAACCUCAGUUGUGGUUCCUUCACGCCAACACAACGAUUCAAGACAUCUAUUUUGAUCUUCGGGGAUUCUUCAGUGAUGACAUCAGCCAACAAAUAACUGAGGGUGUCAAUAAAUACCUUCUGUCUUAUUUGGAGGACCAGAAAGAGGACCUCGACAAAUAUGGGAGCCCUGUUAUACAAACGGUUUUAAAUACUAUAUUAUCCAAAUAAUUAAAAAAAUACUCCUUUAUAUUUAAAAAAUGACGAAAUAUUUAUGUGAAAAUGUUUUAAACUAAUAUAAUGAAUAAAAAUGAAAUUAAAUUCUUAA